AGCGAAGGGAUUUCCCCCGUCCUCGACUUCGGUUGUCCCUCGGUGAAUUCGAAGCCCUAAUCUCCACCGUCGUCGUCGCCGCUAUGGCCGGAAGAGGGAAGGCGAUCGGCUCCGCUGCGGCGAAGAAGGCCACGUCCAGGAGCAGCAAGGCCGGGCUCCAGUUCCCCGUCGGGAGAAUCGCUCGAUUCCUCAAGGCUGGUAAAUACGCCGAGCGCGUCGGUGCGGGCGCCCCUGUUUACCUAGCCGCCGUCCUCGAGUACCUCGCCGCCGAGGUCUUGGAGCUCGCUGGGAAUGCCGCGAGAGAUAACAAGAAAACCAGGAUCGUGCCCAGGCACAUCCAGCUCGCGGUGAGGAACGACGAGGAGCUCUCUAAGCUGUUGGGAGAAGUCACCAUCGCGAGCGGCGGUGUGAUGCCUAACAUCCACAAUCUCCUCCUCCCUAAAAAGGCCGGAUCUUCCAAGGCGGCCGCCGGUGAUGAAGACUGAAAGACUAAAAUUUUCAGCUCUCGUAGCCGAUUAGAACUAGCACGGCCCUGUAAUUUUCAUGCCUUUGUAGCUCUAGGAUUGUAUCAUCUGGAAUUGUCUAAGAUCAAGGAUGAUACUGGGAUUUUAUCGAUAAAA